GGGGAGGGGUUGCUGUGAGAAUUGCUAAGGAAAAUAGUGAUGAGUCAGUGAGGGUUGCUCAAGGUGGUUGCUAGGGGAUCAGUUUAUCCCUACAGAUUGUUGGGUUUCUUGGGAUGGCCCUUUGGAGGUAGUCCUGGAAGAAGGAGUUGCAAGCUGCAAAAAUGCUGGGCGCAAGUUGUUUUGGAUAACUAAUGGAGACAGAGGUUUCAAGGUGACUGUUUGAGAGGAGCUGUUGCUGGAUGCAGCGUUGCUAAGGCAGGAGGUUGCUAGGGGGGUAGGGAUUACCUCCUAGUUGGGUGGAUAGAUGUGGAGUUGAUGGGUGAGCCCCUGCUGCAGCUAGGGGAGGAGAGGAGCUUGCCUGAGGUGGGUCUGGGACAGCAGCACUUCCUGCCUGAACUGCAGCAAUGCAUUCUGCAGUCCAUGCACCCACACUGAAACGGAUUAAAAACAGAAGGGCAGGCUCCAUGCUCGGUCCUUCGCUGAUGAGACCCUUCCUUCAGUGCCGAAGCUCCCUCACUUCUGGGGUGGGGGGCAGGCAUUUGUACAGGGGUCCCUUGCCAGUGCUGGGAUGCAGCAGGCAUCUCAGGCGUGGGGGUGGCUUUUUACGCAGCAGAGCCUUGCCUGGUGCUGAUACGAGGAAGGAGGUAGACGUCAAAGGGAGGGAUGCAUCCAGUGGUGGAUGAAAGUGUGUGCAUGGGGAGGGGGCACCCUAAUCUUUUCCGGAUGUCUCUGGCAGACUACGUGCAUGAAAAAGGAAUUAAGCAAAACAGAGGAGUUUAUAGGGACUAGGAGAGAAAGAGAUGAGGUAGAGGUACAAUCAGCAGCAGUGGUUUUAAAAGCACUGCUAAGAUAGAAGACAGGCAGCAAAGUCUGAAGACGGAAUGACUGGGAAAAUGGACAAAUAAACAGGUAGAGAUAAAUCAGGGGUGAUAUGGGAUGUGAGGGGUGGUGGAAGGAAUGAAAGUCUAGGUGGAAGAAGGUAUCAUUCGGGGGGGGGGAAGAGACAGAAGUAAUGAGUGAUUAACUGGGACAGAGGAAGAAAGGAUGAGGUAAAUACAGUCAUGAUGGCAGAAAAGCGCAGGGAUCACUGACGGUGGAUAGACAGAGGAAAUGUGGGGGGAGAAAACAGAGGAUACAACAGUGGAGGUGAGGGAUGUGGUGGCAAAAAUGAGCAAGGCAAGGCUGAGUCUGUGGGGUAUGAAAACAGCCAGUUGAGCUGUGGGCAGGAAGGGUCAGUGCAGCAGCAGACUGAAGUACUGAUUGUACACUGUCAAAUCCAGAGCAGUGGGUUAAAAGGGCACCAGAUGAGCAGGGAAGGCUAUGAGAGCGAAGAGAACUGGGGGCGGGGGGCAGGACAUGCUCCUAGGAUGCUGUAGCCCUGCCUAAAGAUGCCCUCCAUCAUGGCAGACUGGGGUCUCCAUGGCCUCCUCUCGCCACUCCUCCCUGACACUUCAUCUUGGCGACCCCGGCCAGAGCCCGCCAUCGCUGUGCUGGGUUCCCUGGCCCUGCUGUUUAUCUGGUAUUGCUACCGGGUGGGGAGUGGGCAGGCAACCCCCACAUCACAUCAGCAGGGAGUGCCAACUGAGGAGCGGUGCCCUCGCCGCGCCCUGUGGGGCGAUGCCGUCAACCAGCGCCUGUAUCGCAGCCUGCGUGAUUACGCCAAGCGGUACUCAUGGUCUGGCAUGAACCGGCUGCACAAAGGCAUCCGAGACCAGGCCCACUACCAGCUGGGGGAACGCCUGGCCAUUCAGAAGCCCAGCGCCUUCUACCUCCCUGACUUGCCUUCUGCCCCAUACUUUCCCCGUGAGUCCCAGCGCCAUGAUGUGGAGAUCCUCGAACUCAGCUUUCCGGCGAUUUUGCGGGAAUUCGAGGGCAUCGCCUGGGACUUUGCAUCUGGAGCCCCACCACCACGGGGAUGGACGGCCAACGGCAACCCUGGCUGGCAUAGCUAUUACCUCUACCGGCAGGGGGAGUGCAUAGCACAGAACUGCCGGAGCUGCCCCUGGACGUAUCGGGCCCUCAGCGCACUACGCACCUUCGUCAACGCCAACCGCUUUGGAAACGCUUGCUUCAGCGUCCUGCAGCCCGGGACUGUGCUACCGGGGACCUAUGGACCAACCAACACCCGGGUGCGGUGCCACUUAGGUGAGCAGAUGAUGGCGGGUCUGAAGGUGCCUCCUGGAUGUGAGUUGGUAGUGGGUGGCGAACCACAGUGCUGGUCUGAAGGAUACUGCCUCCUGGUAGAUGACUCCUUCUUACAUACCACAGCCCACAACGGUUUCCCCGCUGAUGGCCCACGGGUGGUUUUUAUCGUUGAUCUUUGGCAUCCCAAUGUGGCAGGACCUGAGCGGCAGGCUCUAGACUAUAUCUUUGCCCCUGGCCGGUAGGUGCCCUCAGGCACUGUCGCUAAGAUAAACUCUCUCCAAUGCCACCCUUGUAUCUGGUGUUUGCUGUUCUUCACCAUCCUCAAAGCCUCCCACGUUAUUGCCUUGAUAUGAAUAUUCUUAUUUCCACCAUUGCACAAACUAGGGGAGAUAAGCUUUCACCCCACUCUUUCCAGAAGUGUUGCCUCUGACUUACUAACAGCACAGGGUUGUCACAGAAUGGGUUAGGGAUUGUGUCUCCCUGACACUCCUGGUGAUACUGUCACCUCUUACCAGACACUUGUCCUACAGAUCUUUGUGACAAAGUGAACCUUGGUUCUUCCUCUUGCUUUGUUUGAGGUAUGCAGAUCUGGAUGGUUCCUUCUGGCUUUUUUCUUCUCUUUGAGGUCUAAUAAUUCCAGGUCUGUUUGGCUGCAGAAGCUGCCAUCCAUGGUGUGAGACUGGAUGACCUCUGGGGUCCACUGAAGCGCUACAGUCCUAUGAUUUUAGUGGCAUGGACUUAUCUAUUUAGGGGAGGGGAAGCAGGGGAAAGGCAAACAAGCCAAGUUAAGCACUGUUUUCAUCUGUAUGUGACCCUUUGUUGAUUCCCACCCUGCAUCUGUAUUGCAAAUUCUGUGUGGGGGAUUGAAUCCUUAUAAUCCCUACUAAUUAACCUGCACUCCAAUAAAACCACUAGAGCCCCAGA